CACGUCGACCUGCACACUCGCCAUAUUUUCACGUCUGUGGAUCCCGAGUAUCUGCAGCCCCAAAGUUACCAGGAGAGACGAAAUUAGACAGCGUGCAGCUUUCACAGUCUUGCUUAAAAGUGCAAAAGUUCCCUGCGUCAGGAUUUGUGUCCGUUUAUUAGAUCUACAACAAUGAACAUUUUCAGACUAACAGGAGACCUCUCUCAUCUGGCUGCUAUCAUCAUCCUGCUACUCAAAAUAUGGAAAACCAGGUCUUGUGCAGGUAUCUCUGGAAAGAGCCAAAUUCUGUUUGCUAUCGUGUUCACCACACGCUACCUGGAUCUGCUCUCUUCUUUCAUCUCCCUGUACAACACAUGCAUGAAGGUGAUCUACAUCGGCUGUGCGUAUGCCACAGUCUACCUGAUCUACGGGAAGUUCAGAGCCACCUACGAUGGUAAUCAUGACAGUUUCCGAGUGGAGUUCCUGGUUGUUCCCGUUGGGGGUCUUGCAGUUCUCAUCAACCAUGACUUCUCUUUCCUAGAGAUCCUUUGGACGUUCUCCAUCUACCUGGAGUCGGUGGCAAUUCUUCCCCAGCUCUUCAUGAUCAGCAAGACCGGCGAAGCCGAGACGAUCACCACCCACUACUUGUUCUGCCUGGGCCUGUACAGGGCCCUCUAUCUCUUCAACUGGAUCUGGCGUUUCUACUUUGAGGGCUUCUUUGACAUGAUUGCCAUUGUGGCGGGAGUGGUCCAGACUGUCCUCUACUGUGAUUUCUUCUACCUUUAUGUCACCAAAGUGUUGAAAGGCAAGAAGCUGAGCCUGCCGGCGUGAUGAAAAACAGGAAGAGACGGCGACUCCCAGCACACUCGAAGGGAGCGUCAAAAUGACAUUGUGGAAUCUCAUGACCCAUAGCAGUGGAUGCCUAAGACAGAAAAACCAACUAUCAUGGGAAAAAAAACACUCGUCUUUUCAACGAUUGCUGAUGGAACUGGUAAAUGCCAACGAACACCAGAGCUGAACAAAGGUCCUCCCAGAUCCACUUUUGGAUUUCUGUGUUCAGCAUUUUGCCUUAAGCAUCUUUUCAUUGCUGUUUAAAAUGGGAGAUAUUUUUUUUUUUUACAUUCUUUUUUUAUUAAUACAAGUGAGGUGUAUACCCAUAUUCUUUUAGUUUUUUUUAUUUUCAUAAUGUCACAGAUAGGGCCAACAGAAAGGAGUACCGUGUUUGACUUGGUGAGAAAAUGCACAAAAUGUAAAGUCUUAUUAAAGAGUAAUGUAUCCGAGUGCCUAAUGAGGAUUAUGUCCACUUUCUCACAGUAUUUUUUUUCUUCUUUUGCAUUUUUUUAAUAUAAUUUUAUGGAUAUACUGAUAUGUUUACUCUUUGUCUGAAAUAUUUAAAGAGCACCAACACACUCGUUCUUUUGUGCAAGCAUUGCUUUCAUAAAAACAGAACAAAACAUUUUAACAGGUUAGUCUUGUUUUAAAUAUCCAUGUUUAAGAGGAAUUACAGAGGAUCUCAAACUUCAGAAGCAAACAGUUAAUUAGAUAAAUAACAUAAUUUGUUGCAUCUGUAUUUCUAAAUGGUGCUUUUCCUGUUAUCACAUCAAACUAAGUUGUAUUUACAGAUGUUAUUUUUUGCUCACUUCAUUUAAAAACAACUUAAACUGUUCUACAGCUUUAAUAGAUAUCUCAUGCAUCCGUAAAAUGUUUUUUGGUACAUUUUCAGUGUAGUAAGAGCUCAGACAUUGUUCCAGCACUUGUAACAAACUCAUGAACACCUCCAUGUAGUGACUUCGGUUAUAUCACCUCUGAUACCAGGGAAAUGAGUGUUUCAGUGUUUUAUCCAAUAAUCCUCCGGCAUGUUGGGUCAUUGUUACAUUUCAGCUGCUAACUACAUGUCUGAUAAUGUGUAGACAGGUGGGAUGGUGUUCAAUUGGUGCAUUUCUAUUCAAUUUAUCAACUUAGUCAUUCCUAAUGGAUUUCAAUUUUCUUUUUAUUCUUUUUCUUGCAUGAUAUCACCUCCAAUAAAGAUUUUAUGAGAACAA